GACUGGCAUGCCGCAGGUGUUGAUGUUUAUGAUAUCCCUAUGACCGACUUCUUUGGAUCCGCGGGAAGAGCAGAAAUCGAUUCUGCUGUGCAUUUUAUGGAGGGUAUUGCAGCGAAAGGGAAAUCUGUUUAUGUCCAUUGUAAAGCUGGAAGAACUCGAAGUGCCACGGUAGCUGUAUGUUACUUAGUUAAGAAACACAAUUGGUUGCCAAAUGUGGCGAUGGAGUUUUUGAAAAGCAAGCGGCCACAGGUUCAUUCAAUUUUCAUUAUCACUAUCCUAAGAAAUGCGCAUUGGCGAACAGCAAACGAAUACCGCCGUUUUCUCGAUCAUCAUAUGCCAACUGGCCAAAAAACAGGAUCUUUUUAA